GUUGCUGAUAGAGUCUGGAUGCACACACUUGAUUGCAGACCUCCGUCUCCACAGGACUCUUACUUGCUGGUCAGCAAUGUAUCGACCAGCUGUGGUGAGGGCCAGGAAGCGAACUUGUUUGGAGCCCUGGGUUAUUGGCCUCAUCACCUUUAUAUCUCUAAUUGUGCUGGCGGUGUGCAUUGGACUCAUCGUCCAUUAUGUGAGAUACAAUCAAAGGAAGACCUACAAUUACUAUAGCACAUUGUCGUUUACAAGUGACAAACUAUAUGAUGACUUUGGAAAAGAGGCUUCUACAAAUUUCAUGGAAAUGAGCCAGAAAAUUGAAUCAAUGGUGAAAAAUGCAUUUCAUAAAUCUUCAUUGAGGGAAGAUUUUUUCAAGUCUCAAAUUAUCAAGUUCAGUCAAGAGGAACAUGGAGUGUUUGCUCAUAUGCUGCUGAUUUUUAGAUUUCGCUCUACUGAGGAUCCUGAAGCCAUAAAUAAAAUUAUUCAACGUGUUCUACACCAAAAGCUACAAGAUGCUGUAGGGCCUCCUAAAUUAAACCCUGAAUCAGUUGAAAUAAAAAAAAUUAACAAUACAGAAACGGACAACUUUCUGAACAACUGCUGUGGGACACGAAGGAGUAAAACUACAAAACAGGGUCUCAGGAUCGUCGGUGGGACAGAGGUAGAAGAGGGUGAAUGGCCGUGGCAAGCCAGCCUGCAAUGGGAUGGGAUCCAUCGCUGCGGAGCAGCUUUAAUUAAUGACACGUGGCUUGUGGGUGCUGCUCACUGCUUUAGAGUAUAUAAGGACCCAGCCAGAUGGACUGCUUCCUUUGGAGUAACAAUAAAGCCUCCGAAAAUGCAACGAGGACUCCGGAGGAUAAUUGUUCAUGAAGAAUACAAAUAUCCAUCACAUGACUAUGAUAUUUCAGUUGCAGAGCUGUCUAGCCCUGUUCCCUACACAAAUGCUGUGCACAGAGUUUGUCUCCCUGAUGCAUCCCACAAGUUUAACCCAGGUGAUGAGAUGUUUGUGACAGGAUUUGGAGCACUGCAAAGUGAUGGUAACAGUCAAAAUCAUCUUCGGCAAGUAAAGGUGGAUUUCAUAGACACUAAAACCUGUAAUGAGCCUCAAGCUUACAAUAAUGCCAUAACUCCUAGAAUGUUAUGUGCUGGCUCCUUGCAAGGAAAAAGAGAUGCAUGCCAGGGUGACUCCGGAGGACCACUGGUUAGUUCAGAUGCUAGAGAUAUCUGGUACCUUGCUGGCAUAGUGAGCUGGGGAGACGAAUGCGGGCAACCCAAUAAGCCUGGUGUUUAUACUAACGUGGCUGCCUUCCGGGACUGGAUUGCUUCCAAAACUGGCGUCUAAGAGAGAAAAACCCAUAGAAUGGAAUGCAUUUUUGUGCAUAAGCCAUUCUUAGAAAUAGAAUUGCAGAAGAAGCCUUGCAGGUCACCCAGAUCUGACGGAUCUAACUCAACUGUCUACUUGAUGCAUAUACUUCUUUUCUAGCUCUCCUUCACACUGGGCAUCCUGCUUCUGCCAGAUGGAUUCUGUCCCAACUUGCAUUCAUUUGUUUCAUAGAAGUUUUCUGUCCUCGAAAUUUUGGCUUGUUGACAUAAAUUUCUCAUGCGUAAACACAAUCUGAAGUGAUCCCUUCCUUCAUUUCCUCAGCUGCUCUCAUCUCAGAAAAUUUCUACUUUCAAGGUGCAGGACAAAGAGUGAAAAGAAAUAUAAAAAUGAAAGAACUACAUUUUAAUGUACAGAAAAUUAUCAGGUUUUUUUUUUUUUCUUAAUGAAAUGUGGAAAAUGAUCCUAUUUAUUAUGAAAGGUCAAGUAAGCAGACAGUAAAAUACCAAACACUUCAUGAUGGAGAAAGAAUGGGAACUAAGUUAAGAAAAUACAGAGAAACCAAGAAAUAGCUGUAUUUUCCUUUCCAGCAAACAACUACAGAGAGAAACGUGGGGAAGAUUCUAUUUUCUUGUGGACUAUGAUAAUUAUACAAACUUAUAUAAUGUACUUGUUCUGACUAAGUUAAAGCAAACAAUAUUUAUUUAACAUUGCACUGCUGAGGAUAUCGAUAUAUAAUAAAGAACAAAUAAAUCAUC